AUGGCGUUUCCUUUCCCUCAGGGGUGGGCCCGACCCAAAGUGAAGCUCUACGAGGGAGACACCGACCCGCAGGAACACGUGAACUUCUUCGUGGGCGCGAUGCAGUAUGCUGGGGCCAGCGACCCUUUAUACUGCCGCUGCUUCCCCAUGAGCCUUGGAAAAGGACCCAUGAACUGGUUCCAGAAUUUACCGAGCAACUCGCUGCACGACUGGAACGGAGUUGUGUCAUGCUUUUUAGCCCAGUAUUCCUCGGUGCGCAGCAUACCGAAGACCGCGCAGACUUUGGCCUUGGUUAAGCAGAAGGAGAAGGAGUCUCUGAAGGCAUUUCUCAAUCGGUUCAACAAGGAGGCCGGUGAUAUCACCGGACUCCUCCCCGACACAAGGUUGGUCCUAGCUACCGCAGCCCUUGCGCCAGGACCGUUCCUGACAUCUCUGGACGGCAAGCCCGCCAACACUCUGGAGGAAUUCCUAGCUCGAGCAGAAAAAUUCAUAAACAUGGAGGAUACCGCGACCCUAAGAGCCGCUAGUCAGACGCUCGCGAUCAAAGGACCGCCGAAGUUGAAGGAAAAUAAGGACCAACCUUCGACCCAAGAGUCCCGACGGAAGGGUCAGGACGAACGGAAGUCGAAGCGAAAGAAGUACGAUAGUUAUACCCCGCUGAGCUCCUCCCUUUCACACAUCCUGAGGGAGAAAGCCUCCACCGACCUCAGAGACCGUCCCCUCCCACUCCUGACGAGAAGGGACAAGCUGGAUUCCAAGAGAUUCUGUGAGUUCCACGACAGCCCGGGUCACAACACUGACGAGUGCCUGAACCUCAAGGACAAGGUGGAAGAACUAAUCAGAGCAGGAAGACUGUCCAGGUAUGUAGCUGUGUCGACGGGGGCCCUCCAGCGCCCGCGCUCGCCACCCCCAAGACGGUCACCAACCCCUCCAAGACACCGAGACCGGUCUCCUCCCAAACGCCGAUCGGUGGAACGUCGCGACAGGUCCCCUCCGCGUCGCCACAGCCCCGAGCGUCGCGGACGCAGCCGGGAACGGCGAAGAAGCCCCGACCGCCACGGCCGGGAUGAAGUCAGAAGACAACACGGGAAUAAUCUAGUCAGCGUCGGCUCAAUAGCAGGAGGAUGGGCCGCAGGCGGUCCCACCAACAACAGCCGAAAAAGGAGUAUCCGCGUCAUCAUGUCAGCGGCUGGACGGCCCCGACCAGGGUCCCUCCACCCCCCAAGACAGAAGGUGGCCAUAACCUUCACGGAGGACGAUUACGGCGAAGACACCGGCGAAGAAGAUGACCCCAUCGUCAUUGAAGCUCUGAUCGGCAACGGUAAGAUCCGAAGGACACUCAUCGAUACAGGUAGUUCCGCGGACAUUAUGUUUUAUGAUGCUUAUAAGAGCUUAGGGCUAUCGGUGAAAGACCUGCUCCCCUACGACCAUGAUUUGGUUGGGUUCAUCGGGGACAGAGUCCUACCCUUAGGAUAUUUUGAUACUUGCCUUUCCUUAGGAGAUUACAAAAUUUGCAGGACUAUAAAAGCCCGCUUCCUGGUGGUGGAGUGUCCGACGGCGUACAACGCCAUUCUUGGCAGGCCAAGCCUCAACACUUUCAGGGCGAUCAUAUCCACCCACCACCUGAUGCUGAAGUACCCCUAG